AUGGAGCGCCCGUCGCCGCCGGGGCUGGCUCGCCUCUGCCGGCCGCUCCCCGCUGCGCGCCAGCCGGCGGCCGCCCGCGGAGCCACCUACCCGCCCCGCAGCGCCGGCCGGCCCGGCCCCAUCGGCGGCGAGAGAGGGCUGCUCCGCCCGCCCCCUCCCCUGCCUCCUCCCCCGCAGCCCGCGGUAUUGUCUCACGCCGAGGCCGGAGCCCGGCGGCGGGGGGGCGGCACCAACUUGUGGCAACUUGGCGGCGGGGCAAAUGCCGCCGAGCAACGCGGGGCGCUGGGAGGAGCGCGGCGGGGAUGGGCGCCCCCGCCUCCCCUUGGCCUCGGAACGUGGGCGAAACCCGCGUUUCACCAGCCGGGCAGCCGCUCGCCCCUCCCAGAGAGGGGCAGCCCCGCUGGGCGAACCCCCGGCAGAGGAGGAGGGGAGGGAGGGGAGCAGCUCCGGGCCGGCCGCCAGACAAAGGCAGCGGCGAGAACGUCCGUGAGCCCCGCGUCACCCCGGGCUGGCACCGAGGCCGUACCGUGCCUCGCAGGGGCUGCCGCACCUCCCGCCAGCCCCGUUCCCGAACAAAAGCGGCGAGCAGGUGGAGGGUGGGGUGAAAGGGCAGCCGGCGGCUGUGGCCGCCCCCGGGCAGGGACGCCCCGCCUUCGCCGUGCCAGGCGGCGGGGGGCCGGGGCUGGGAGUGCAGAGGGGGCUGGCUCUUGCCGGCUCUUCCCGUCUCGCCGCGGUGUUCGGGGAGGGGAGGCCGGGCCGUGCGGGGGGCAGGUCAGGGGGCAGCCGCAGCGGGAGCCGAGGCAGGAGGAGCUUUCCGCCGGCCCCUCCUGGCCCUGUGGGGGCUCCGGGCCGCGCUCUCACGCCCAGCCCCGGGAGCGGCGGCACCGCCCGGCCCGGCCCGGCCCGCAGGAACCGGCGGGAAACACAGGAUUUGCUACAGGAUAUUUCUUCAAUACCUAAAGAAAACUUUGGGUUCAGGACUGAGAACACCUGAGUCAUCAAUCCCAGCAGGAGAUUGGAGGAGAUCUAGAAAAAACGUCAGUGUAUCCCAAGUAUGCACAUUGAAAUGAAAAUAAAAUAGAUCACAUCACUAAUGAGAAGAGCAAAUACUGCUUAAAAAAAAAAAAAGUCUUCUCUGUUUAUAGCCCCCCAUUUUCAACUGCCAAACAUUAAUUCUUCAUUUUGAACAUUUGUUGCCCAUAGAAAUUCAAGAUUUACAUUACUGUUCUGGCUUUUAGAAUUGGUCUUAAAAAUUCAGUAUUGAAGCAUGAUGAAGAAAUCUGAGCACAUAUUUUAAAACUGGAAAAUCUAGAUAAGGAGCUGGAAGCCAUUGAAAACUGAAAUUCUGCUGCUGCAGAAUUACAUCAGUGAAAGAUGUGGACAUGUAGCUCUUGGGAAAGCAGUUGCCUAAAAGAGCUGAAAGCUUUUCACACUCCUGGUUAAGAGAGACCUCAGUAAAGAAGUUUCUAGCUAAUGCUUACUUAGAACCUGAUAGGCUGACACAGUUGUCAAGCAGAUCCUCAAUUUGUGACUGACAGUUCAGAAAUCAGACUUCCUUAUCUUGAAUGACCUUUUCGCCUUUUAUUCUUUAAUGUUAUCAAUGUUCCUAAGAGACCACAAAGUAAAGUUCUUCAUACAUAUGUUUGACCAGCCAAAGCAAUAAAGGAAAUAUUUUUUGUCA